AUGUCCGUAUUUGGAAGGGCAACUUUCUCUGCUGCAAGAUUCGCCGAAGCCAGGCCCACGUACCCUGCAAGCCUGUUCAAGACAAUUCUGGGGUAUUACAAUCAUGAGGAUCCUCAUGGCACGCUUCUGGACUUGGGUUGUGGCCAUGGAAUUGUUGCUAGGGAGCUGAGCCCCCGCUUUGCCAGAGCCAUCGCCAUUGACCCAAGUGAUGGGAUGAUCCGACUGGCAAUGCAAACCCAUGCCGAGCACACCAAGAUCUCAUUCCGUCAGGGCUACGCCGAGGACUUGUCUUUUCUACCUGCACACUCGGUAGACAUGGCUGCAGCUGGCCAGGCAGCGCAUUGGUUCAACUACCCCCAAGUCUGGCCAGAGUUGUCCAGGGUAGUCAAGCCAGGUGGCUCACUGGCCUUUUGGGGGUACAAGGACAACAUCCUCAUUGGACACCGGCGAGCCAACGAGAUAUUUGAGAAGUUCUGCUACGGCGAAGGAGAAGUGUUGCCCGGCGUGGAGGGGAUGAACCAGUAUUGGGAGCGUCCUGGACGAGACAUCCUCCGCGACCUGCUGGCUGAUGUCAAGCCCCCUGAGUCGGAGUGGGACAAGAUCAAGCGAAUCACCUACAACGUCGACAAAGAUACGACUGAGAUUGCAGGCCCAGAGACGGCCUGGAUGAGAAAGAAGCUCACCCUCGGGCAGUUUGAGGCCUAUGUGCGCACCUUUACCGGGUACCAGGGCUGGAUGGAUGCGCACCUGGACAAGAAGAGCCGUGCCGAAGGUGGUGAGGGAGACAUUGUGGACUUUAUGUUUGAUCAGAUCCUGGAGGCGGAACCUGAGUGGAAGGAGAAGGGUGAUCGCUGGAGAGAUGUCGAGGUUGAAUCUGUCUGGGGCACGUAUAUUCUGCUGGCGACGAGGAAGUGA